AUGUUUUUGCUUUUCUUGCCUUGCAUUUACAUUGUAAUCACACCUCAGCAUCUCAUCAGGUAAAUUUCGGAUACGGAAAAACUUAGCAUAUUGCUAGACAUGUUUUAGUAUUCUCGUUAUAUUCGAUUCAUCUAUGGCUUAGGAGGAGAAAACGCGCAAGAAAAAGAUGCUGAUUCGUUUCACGGAAGUUCCUUUGACGUGUGCACGUCGCUAAAUUUCACCAAACACUGAGCAGUUUUUUUUUGAAAAUGUAUUUAAAAUCAUCUUUAUAACCUAGGGAUGUAAAGUAUUGAAAAAAUAAUGUGAAAACAAAAGUUUGCAUAAUUUUUUCUUUGAGACUUAUAGCCUAUUCCGCGCCAGCUUGUCACGUUUUUCUUUCCGCCAAAAAACCAUAUACCAAAUUUGAUCAAAUUUUACCAACUUCGCUUCACGAAGUUUGGUUUUUUUUUGUUUUUUUUUUUGUUUUGCAGUUAUGGAGAGUUCCGAGCGAGGCGGUCACGUUUUUGAAGAAAAGCUAAAAAAAAUGGCUACCCUGAAAACAGCUUUCUUAACAAUUCUGCUUUUAAAACGGCAAGAAACAAAGGUCUUGAAGCGAAGUUGGUCAAGUUUGACCUGGCCUUUUGGCGGGAAGAAAAAUAAAACAAGCUGGCGCAGAAUGGCCUAUACGAGAUGGCAGUCAAAUCUGCUGUGUAGGUCAAAAAAGAUCACAUAUAUAGCCAACUUCUUGCCUUUCUGUCCCAAGCCAGCGACGAAUCGUCUAUUUUCGCAAAAACUUCAUUUUUCAUAUAGUUGGGGUAUAUGAAGUUAUUAGAAUUUCCGUCCUUGAACUGCCGUUUUUUUUUUGUUAAAAUUUUGAACGAUUGGACUCUCUUCUUUUUUAUAAGAAAUGUGUACGACAAACUACAUUUUCUCGGUUUCUAAAUUUCUCUUUUUUUUUCAAAAUUUGAAGUGAACUGAAGUUAACAUUCAUUUUUGACCGGGACAAUAGGUCACUGGUCAGAUUUUUUUUUAAAAUCAUAAUCGCCUUUUAUUGUUUCCUAUGCUGUUAAGAAACACAUUCUCUAUCCAGAGAAGCGCAAAUUUGAGGUUUUUCUUUAUACCUCUUUUAUAUUCCUAAAAUGCCAUUUGAACUAUAUACUCGAUUCGUCUUUCAGCGACCCAAAUACGAAGGUCAUAAAUUCACUUGCUUUUUUGUAUGUAUAUAGAGGUUUUUCAACAAUAAAUCUGUGAAUAGUGUCAUUGUCGGUCCUGUAUGGGUAAUCACAAGAAACUGGUAGGAACUAUAGAAUCUGAAAGUAUUUCAUUAAUCAUGAAACGACGGAAAAAACCCAAUCGACCGUCUAUCGGCAUCCGUUUUUUUUUUGUUUCUCAGUCUUCUCGCAUUUGAAACAACGGGUUCAUGCAUGACCAUCAGAAGACCGUUUUAUUCUCUUUUUUGUGUUGCCGUCAGCUGAGCGACUGCGCCGUUGAAUCCGAUUUCUUCGGCUCUUUUUCACUCGCUGCCUCUCUGUUGCACUUGACAUCUUUUUCAUAUUUUGGUUUGGCGAAUUGGAAAAGGAAAAGCGAAAUAUCGAACAUUUUUUUCUGUUUUCAAGUUGCUGAGCUUUGAAAAAACUAUGGAUAUUGAUAAUCUGGUUAAAUUUUUCAAGGAAACCAAUCAGAGAUUUAUUUCUGAACAUUUCUAAAAAGUAUCGACCGAAAUGAGAGUCACUGUGCUUUACGUCAUGAAAAUACGUACUUUCAUAUUUUUAAAAAAAUUUUUUUCUCACUUCUGCAAUUUUUUUGAGUUGAUUAUCAAUGAAAAGGUGCGGUAAAUAAAGAAAGGCUUUGUUUCAGGUGGGAAUAACCUAUCAGACAACAUUGUUGAGAUAUGUCGUAAUAAUUUUUAAAAUAGUUUCUGCUUAAUGUGAUUUGAACGAUUUAAUCUCUUCUGUGAUCGCCCUUAAUGUUCUUAUUUCUGAAUUAUUUUACUGAAUACUUUCGAAAAGUUAUUGGAAAAGAUUGCACUUCGGUAUAUAUUUGAAGCCUAGAAUAUUGAAAUUGGUGUUUGUUCAGAAUGGUUUUUCGAUGGUGGCUGCUGAUGUGUUCAAUGGCAGCCUACAGUCUUCAGAGGCCUCCGACGGUCAACGAAAUCCGAGAGGUUCUUUCGGCGCCAACUUCCAACUGGGACUAUUUCGACGAUGUUCUCCCACCAUUCACCAACUCAUCAAAACUUCAUGUAAUGAAAAGAAUAUAUAAUUUCUGUCAUUAAUAGACAUACAAAAUAUAGUCGAAAAAAAAACGUUUUAUUGCAGGAAAACUACCUAUAUGAGAAGAAAAAGUAUCUGACAACGGUUCUGGGGCUGCCGGCGAAGAAGCACAGAAAGCUGUAG